AUGAGCAAAAAAGAACUAGAGAAAAUACCGAUCGAGACCAUUCGCUUGCAGACCGAUCCUUUCUACAAUGAAUGUCGUGCUUAUGGCAGACUUAUAGAAUGCGAUGUCAACGGAAAGGUCGCUGUGCGCUGUCACGGCCAUAUAGCUAUUCCAGCUACAAGAGAGGAAGAGCUAAAUCGACGCUUUGAAGUCUAUGCAUGGGACCGUCCCGAGGACGACUCAGAACUGUCAGUAUCUAAGAGACAGCCAUUUCGCGCAAUCGUCAAGGAUCUCAUAGAAGAUGACCGUCCACUCAACGAAAAGAAACUGAUCAGGAUGCGGAAGGAUUUGCUCAAGAUGCAUAAAUUUGGCGUGUAUCCACAAGACGUGCAAGAACGAAAUUACGGGGGUGGACUGCUUCUAGAUUUCAGCAUCGCUAUCACAAAGCCUCAUUGGGUCUUCGAGACGAAGAGGUCAUGGUGGAUUAGAAUCAUGAUUAACAAUGACAUGAAUAUGUUGCAGGAGAUGAUCCUAGAGUCUGGGGUAAAGACAUGGCAACGUGCGGUGAGGAAUAGGGAAUACUGUAUGAAAUUGCGAGGAUGUCCUGACGGCAAAGAAAGGGAACGUAGAAACCGCAAAUAUGUCUCGAGAUAG